GAAAUUCAAACAAGUCAAACGCGAUCAUAUAGAAACUUAUUUACCUCAGUGUUAUUUCUUACUAAUUUCAUAAUUAAAUGACUUAAAUAAUAUAUUUCAGUCAACAUGGCAGAUGCAAAUGAAACAUUAAGCAUUCUCAAUGCUGAGGCACGUAGGCAGAUGGAAGCUAAACGAGAUAACGAAUUGUGCAAGAUCAGGAAAUUACGUUUGAUACUGGAUAACUUACAAAAAAUAAGAAUAAAUAAAUGGGAUUUACCCGAUAGUGGUGAACAAGUCGAUUAUACUUUAAAAAUACUUGACGUCAACGACUACUUGCAUAUGAAUGUUGGCGGAGGAGACGACUUUCUUCUAGGCUUGAAAACUCUUCGAGAGUCCAUAAAUUUGACUUAUACUGAGCGGAAAGCUAUACGCGAAGAAAUUGUGUCCUUAUUACGUUUAAAUUUACAACCAAUCAUUGAUUUUGGUAAAAAGUUGAAGGCAGAAGUACCGGAUGUAUUUGUUGAACUUGGUACGCCACCACCAGUCGGAAAAUGUGCCCCCAAAAAGCUCUCUGGAUUUAAUCAAAUAACUUCCUUGGAGUUCCAAAAUUGUUCAAAUUUGCAGAAACUCGCAGAAGUUCGUAAUCGCAAAUGUGCUUACCUUAAAGCUGCUGCAGAGUUGAAAAUGGGUCCAUAUUUGGCACAUGAAUUAGAGCUCUUACAUGCCCAAGGAAGACUAACGCAAGAGAAAUCCAAUAUUCUAAGAAACUACUUUACAAAUGAAUUGCUAGCAAGAACAGAGCAUUGCGCGAAAGCACUGAAAGAAGUUGAAAAUUAUAUAGAUAUGGAGACAGAAAAAUAUGCGGGAGCUGAGUCAAAUUAGUGCACUUUCAAUUUUUUUUAUCCAUAUAAUAAAUGAUAUACGAGUAUAUGUAAAAUAUUAGAAAAU